AUGAAAGUCUUGAUUGUUUUCGCCCAUCCAGAGCCACAAUCGCUUAGUGCGGCGCUUUGCCAGGUCGCCGUCCGAGAACUCGAAGCCCAGGGCCACGAGGUUCGCGUAUCUGAUCUGUACGCAAUGAAGUGGAAAUGCAAUGUCGACCGAGACGACUUCCCAUCGCUCUCGAGCGAACUCCCACUUAGGGUGGUAUCCGUUUCCAAAGCUGGCUUCACUUCGCAUUCUCUCACUGAGGACGUGUGGGCAGAGCAGGAAAAACUAUUGUGGGCAGACACCGUGAUUCUGCAGUUCCCUCUCUGGUGGUUUACUAUGCCCGCCAUUCUGAAAGGGUGGGUAGAUCGAGUUUUUUCAUGUGGAUUUGCCUAUGGGGUUGGGGAGCACAGUGACAAGCGCUGGGGAGAUCGUUAUGGCGAGGGUGUUCUAUCCGGGAAGCGCGCCAUGUUGAUUGUCACCGUGGGCGGUUGGGCAGACCAUUACUCCUCGAGGGGUAUUAAUGGUCCAAUCGAAGACAUAUUGUUUCCCAUUCAACACGGCAUUCUUUUCUACCCUGGUCUUGAUGUCUUACCACCUUUCGUUGCCUACCGGACCGACAAAGUCAGCAGCGGCAUGUUCGAGCCCAUGGCUGAACAGCUGAGAGAGCGUAUGCGCAGCAUCCAGACUACUGAGCCGAUUCCGUACCGUCGUCAAAAUUACGGUGAUUACCUCAUUCCGAGUAUGAUUCUACGAGAUGAUAUCGACACUGGGGCUGCCACUGGAUUCGCUGUGCAUCAGUCGACCGCAAAGUUGGCUUAG